AUGCAGCACAUGGAGAAGGGCUCCAGGCUGGCCCAGGGGGAGUGUCCGUGCCCAGAUUCCCGCCCGGAAUUCCCAGCUGCUCCCUGGGAGCUGGUGAUGGACAAGCAGCACUUCAAGCUCUGGCGUCGGCCCAUCGAGGGGACCCACCUCUACCAGUACAGAGUGUUUGGAUCCUACACAGAUGUGACUCCCAGGCAGUUCUUCAAUGUGCAGCUGGACACGGAAUACAGGAAGAAGUGGGACAACCUGGUCAUCAAACUGGACGUGAUCGAGCGGGAUCUGGCCACGGGCUCCGAGGUGAUCCACUGGGUCACACACUUCCCAUACCCCAUGUACUCCCGGGACUACGUCUACGUGCGCCGUUACUCCGUGGACAAGGAGAACAACCUGAUGGUGCUGGUCUCACGGGCUGUGGAGCAUCCAGGUGUUCCCGAAGAUCCCGAGUACGUCCGGGUGAGAACUUAUGAAUCCCAGAUGGUCAUUCGGCCCCACAAAACCUUUGAUGAGAAUGGUUUUGACUACUUGCUGACCUACAGUGACAACCCUCAGACUGUUUUCCCUCGGUACUGUGUCAGCUGGAUGGUCUCCAGUGGGAUGCCGGAUUUCCUGGAGAAGCUGCACGCGGCGGCGCUGAAAGCCAAGAAGCUGGAGCUGGAGGUGAGGGACUAUAUGGCACCCAAAGGGCCCGAGAGCAGCGAGGGGGGGGGCAAAGCCAACAGCAGGUUCUUGUUGCGUUUGGGGACGGUUUUCCGGACGGUCCGACGCUCCGAGAUGUUCCUCUUGACGCGGACGUUGGGGACGUUGUUGGGGGGGUCGGGGACGAGGGAGGGGCUGGAAUGGGCUUUGGUCAAAGUGGGGGGGUCCGGGGGGGUCACCGAGGGUCCCACCUGGGCUUCCCACCUGGCCAGGUCUUGGGCACCCGAGUUCAACCAGGUUUCCAGCACUUGGACGUAG